GUUAGGGCUUGGUCAUUACCACGACAUAACCAUAAUAUAAGCUCUUGUUUCCUCUCUUUCUCUCUCUCUCUCUCUCUUUCCCACUCUCUAACUCACCUCCACCAACCUCUAAUUUGCCAUCUUUUGAUUCUGAGUCAAAAAACCAGUGAGGAAAUUUCAGCAUAGUUUCAAGGGGGUUUGGGGAAAUCAAGAAACGCAAUAAUUAAUCAAGAUCUGAAACAGGGACGAAUUAAUCAGAAACUUAAAUGAGGAAGCGGCAAGUAGUUUUGAGAAGAACAGAACAAGCUUCAGCAUCAUCUUUCACCGUCGUGAGAUACGGAGAGUGCCAGAAGAACCAUGCUGCUGCGGUCGGAGGCUACGCUGUUGACGGAUGCAGAGAGUUCAUGGCAAGCAACGGAGAGGAGGGAACAACUGCUGCACUCACCUGUGCUGCUUGUGGCUGCCACAGGAACUUCCACAGACGAGAAGUCGAGACUGUCUGCGAGUGCUCUUCGCCUUCUUCAAAUGGUGCCUAAUUAAAAUAAUUAAGCAGCUAAAUUAUGUAUAUGUAAUUAUUAUUAUUAAGUGUGUGGUUUGAGAGAUAUUGCCGUUUUAGUUAUUUCUGGGUUGAGAGAUGAUAGAAAUAUAUGGCUGGACAGUCUAUUGUAUAUGUAUGGAUGGAAGGUGAAAAGGGUAUGUUGUAUUUUCCAAAUUAAUUUAAGUGUUUGCAGAUUAAAAGAAA